ACAUCCUCUAGUUAAGCCGUAUGUCAGACUUCACUCCACAACACCUGCUUACAGUCACCAUCCUGCCAUGUUGGUCUGCAGCAUCUAUGACUUCUUCCCCAGUAAGAUCAAAGUGAGCUGGCUGAGAGAUGGACAGGAAGUCAGCUCUGAUGUCACUUCCACUGAGGAGAUGGCAGAUGGUGAUUGGUACUACCAGACCCACACACACCUGGAGUACACACCCAGGUCUGGAGAGAAGAUCUCCUGUAAGGUGGAGCACGCCAGCCUGGAGAAACCUCUAAUCACUGACUGGGACUCGUCCAUGCCUGAGUCAGAGAGGAACAAGCUCGCCAUCGGAGCCUCAGGACUGAUCCUGGGUCUGAUCUUAUCUCUGGCUGGAUUCAUCUACUACAGGAGGAAGGCCCGAGGUCGUAUCCUGGUUCCCACUAACUGAGCCUGGAUCCUGGUCCUGGUUCUGUCUGAUGUUAUAAAAGCAGCUGCUUCCUGUGUUCAGCAGACUGAUGAUGAUGAUGAUCUCUGUCUGGACUCUGAACCUGAUCCAGGAUCUCAUUGUUGUUGGUGCUUGUUGUGGUUUUACUGGGAAGGUUUUGGACCAUGUUUAAUGUGGACUCUUGUGUUUGAUGCUUUAUGUGCACCUCUGCUGUUUAAUCCAUGUGAUGUAAUCCCUGUAAUCCAUGUGUCUGAAUGAUUUGGGUGUUUCUGCUCAUCUGAUUAACACAGAUCACAGAUUUUUACUGGAGGUCAUUGUUCUAAAAUAAAUGAUUCAAACUUUGA